UUUGUGGGUGGGUGGUUUUGGUUUUUUUUUUUUUUUAAAAUACUGGUCUGACAUAAUUGGAUUCUUUAGAAAAUUUCUCUGGAAUUUCUUUUGAAAUUAAUUUAGAAGAGUGUGUUGGAUGACUUCAGUAGAGUGAUUUAUAACAAGUUAUUUGGGUGACACGUAGUUUAAAACUUGUCUCUGUUUAAUGAUAGUGGAUUUUGUGCAUCUUACCUUAUAGUUUAACUCUGGUAUCAGAGGUACCUAAAAACUUUAGUAUGAGCUCACUGCAUAAAAAAGAACUAGCAGCUCAACUUAGUAGUGCAGUUAAAUGCUUACAAAUCUGCUAUACUUCCUUUUAGAAGUUGGAACAUUCUCCUCUGUCACUGGAAGCCUGCAGUAGUCCUGUUCAGGCCAGAAUACAACAAUAAUUAUCAGAUAUCAAGUUCACAUUCCACAGCUCUUACUAAAACUUACUCAAAUUACAGCAGCUUUAGAUUAAAGUGAACUCCAUCUGUGCUCACUAACAGAUCUGUGCUCACUAACAGAUCUCCGCUCUGUUGUGCAGAGAUGCGGAAUAUGCAUUUAUUUGGGUCUCCCUGUAAAAUGCAAGUGGAUGUUAAUUAUGUUUUCACUAGCUGAAUUUCUAGUAGUGUGUAUAUAAUGCUUUUGAGUCAUUGACAAUUUUGCAGUAUUUAGCUGCAGAGCAUGAUUCACAUACCCUUAUAAUUCAGGCAGUUGAAUCUAUUUCUUUCCUUUCUGUGAUAUUGUUCAGCUUCAGGUAAUAUAGUUUGCAUUAUCUUGCAUUCUCUUGCUCGCUGAGAGAUGUUUUCCCACCUGUGGAGAGAGCAUGGGGUAGAAAAAGUACUCUUGGGUUUUAUCUUGAGCCAUUACCUUCUCUUGCCCAUUUUCAAACUGGAGAAUUUUACUGAAUUUUGACAGUAUUUCUGGACACGUAAACACUGUUUCCAUUAAAUCUAGAGAAAAUAUGGCUUGUGGUGGUCCUGAGCAUUUAGUCUUUUAUUAAGGAACUUUAAUGUGGCCCCUAAAAUUAACUUUUAGGGACUAAUUUGAAAAAUCAGCUUCUAGGAAGCUAAUGAAAUGGCUCCUGCAAUCCAUUCUAGAUAGUACCGGAAAAUAUUUCAACAAGCUAAUUUUGCCACAGCUUUCUGAUCAGACCUUACACAAGAUGUUUCAUCCCAUUUAUAAGAGGAAAUAAAGGAGUGAAUGUUACAGUUGUAUUUUCAUGAUGCCUGUGAUAUAUUUGAUUAGUGUGACACUUUGGUAAUAAAAGCACAGAUGCUAUAAAUGAGAUGAGGCUAGUUAGAUUCUAAAAACAGAUCUGUGUGAGAAAAUAAUACCAGAAAACAGAAGGGAAAUAAUGGUCAAAAUGCCACAAGUGUAAUCCUCUUGUAAGAUAAGCAUCUGAAAAGUACUAAUUUCUUGGGUGUUUGGUGGUGUGGGUUUUUUUGUUUGUUUGGUUUGGUUUUUUUCCCCCAAUUACAGGGACUUGCCAUGAGGUGCUGAAGCCUUGUUUAAUUGAUUUGGAGAGACUGGACCUAAAUGGCGCAGCAUGACUUCGCUCCAGCCUGGCUUAAUUUUCCUACUCUGCCAUCAUCAACAAAGUCAUCACUGAACUUUGAGAAACAUUCUGAAAAUUUUUUGUGGACAGAGAAUCAUUAUGAAGCAAGUCACAGAAGACACAACUCUUUAGAUGAGUUUGAUCCUAACGUUGGAUGGCCUAAUGGAGGGCAUUUUGGGAAAAAAGAGAAGAAUGGUUGGCGUUCACAAGGCAGAAAUGGUACAGAAAAUAUAAACUAUCGUGGGGGAUACCAUGGUGGAGGUUCCUGCACUCGUACCAGCGCUUUCCACUGUGGAAAAGGCCAAGGACUGCCUGAAAACAAUGUAUCUGAUAAUGAAACUGGGAAAAAGGAAGACAAGGAAAUGCCCAAACAGUUUGAGGCUGAGGAUUUUCCAUCUUUGAAUCCUGAAUAUGAGAGAACAACAAGCCAGAAUAAGUCUUUAGCGGCAGGUGUGUGGGAGUACCCUUUGAAUCCUAAAUCUAGAUCUCCAAGAAUGCUGGUCAUUAAAAAGGGCGGUACAAAAGAACUGCAGAUAUCUGGAUUCCCUGUAGUAGGAAGUCUUCAUUCACAGCCAGUAAAGAAUGGAACUGGCACAAGUGUUUAUAAAGGAUUAGCCCCUAAAACUGCUAUUCCACCCGCAAAGCCUACGCAGUGGAAAAGCCAAGCAAAAGAAAAUAAACUUGGGAAUCCAUUUUCUCAUGAAUCUGCAUAUGGUAUUGGCAAUUUCAGUCCUUUCAGAAGAACUGCCAAGGCAUUUACUGUAUCACAGAAUUCAGUGAAAGAGUGUAAUUGGUCAAAUUCGUCAUCCCCUACUGACAAAGUUGGUCAGCCUCGUUUAACAAAAUUGACAAGAACACGGACUGAUAAGAAGAGUGAAUUUCUGAAAGCAUUGAAACAAGGUAGAGUUGAAGAGGAACGUGAGGAUGAGAAGCACGCUGGGCAAGAGAAGGAUGAUGAGUCCUUUAAUGUGCAUAACAGCAACAGUCCUCAUAAGAGAGAUAUGAACCGAAACUUUGAAAAUGAAAUUCCGCAAGAGAAUGGCAAUGCUCCAAUUACAUCUCAACAGAUCAUUCGAUCUUCAACUUUCCCUCAGGCAGAUGUUCUUUCAAGCUCACUUGAGGCAGAGCAUAGGUUGUUAAAGGAGAUGGGCUGGCAGGAAGACAGUGAAAAUGAUGAAACAUGUGCUCCACUAACAGAGGAUGAGAUGAGGGAAUUCCAAGUCAUUAGUGAACAGUUACAAAAAAAUGGCCUUCGGAAAAAUGGCAUUUUGAAAAAUGGCCUCAUCUGUGAUUUUAAGUUUAGCCCCUGGAAAAACAGCACUUUCAAACCUGCUCUGGAGAAUGAGACUUCUGAGACAAGCAGCAGUGAUACAUCAGAUGAUGAUGAUGUGUGAAAAUUUCUGUAACAUCUGUAGAAGCUUGUUUUGAUGUCAUAAAAUUUUGGGGAUGUAUUGUCCAAAAAAAAUAUUCUAAUUUAUGUAGUAACAUACCCCAUUAGAGGAAGAAUGAUGGGACUUCUCUCUGAAGCAAGGAAUGUUGUGUUGAACAUUACUAUCAUUUCUUUGCAAACAAAUGUUGUAGAAUGAGGACAUGGGUUGACCCAACAUUGACUUUCUUCAUCACUGCAGCAUUUCUGACUAGCAAUGCGACAGUGUAACAAAUUAGACUUUCUCAUUUAAUAAUAAAAACAAAAAUAAUUGUGUAAUGUCUUGUAAAGCUUCUGUCUUAAUAGGUCCAAGUCUAUUUGGAAAAAAAAAAGGGGCAACUUGACACAGCAUUUUGCUUGCCAAGUAAUUUCUUUCUUAUAAUGGAAAUCCUCGAGUCCACUUUGUACGCAAAAAGGGCAAUGUAGCAUGUUGGCUAAAAUGGGCAAAGUGCACUAAAACUCUUUUCCUUAAUUGAGCUGUUGUACUGUUCUGCUUCUUCCACACAUAACUGUUCUUUAGCCAUUUGUAGUGUAGUCAUUGUUAUUAAUGGCAAAAAACCCUGAUGUUUCAUUUCCAAAUUUCUAGAACUAACCUUUAAAUUGAAAGCUUUAUGUGGAGUAUUGCAAGACCCGGUAUUCUCACAGUGAACACAUUUCUUGUGGGAAAAUAAGCACUUUGCUUUUACUAUUUACAUGCAGAAAAAAAUAAUUACGCUGACUAGAUUUGUCCACUACAUGGAAAAUAAACUGAUUUACAGAGUAUUGUCUCAGUGCAUAGCAUCAAAGGUAUUGUUUUGAAAUAUAGUAAGUUUUGUUUGCAUUUAUAUUAAGUGUACUCUAGCAGCAGUGACUGCAUUUCAGAAUGAAUUAAAAUUUUUAUCACGAGUUCUUGCUUUUAUAGCAGCAGAAGUAUAUCUAUGCAAUAAGUACCUGUUUUGCUUACUUUGUGUCAAACUUUUUCUUUAUAAUCACACAUUUAAAAAACAAUAUUAUAUUAUUUAUAGUUUUAUUUGGUUCAUUUUAGUUCUUUAAAUGUUUUCCUCAGGGUUGUACAAACUAUGUAGCAUUAAUUCAUAAGCACAACUGCUCUUGGUGGUGUCACAUACAUUUAUAACAUAGCUUAUAUAUAGACAUUCCUCCUUCAAAAUAUUUUUGAAUUGCGCUACUUCUUAUAGUAAGUAAUUUGCAAUUUAAAACUCUAAAGCAAAAGUAUUUAUAAAGCUGAGAUUUUGUCCAUGUUUAACUUCUUUAGGAAAAGACUUUUUUUGUAAGGUGGCAUCUAACAAUUUUGGGCCACAGGUGGUGUGUGGGGCUUUUUUCUGUUUUUUUUCUGUGUGUGUGUGGGUAGGUGUUUGUGUGUUUUGUUUUGUGGGGUUUUUUUGGGUGUGUGGGUUUUUUCUUGUGGUCAUUUUUUUAGUUUAAACAGGUUUCUAUUCAAGAGGUCUUUUUUUUUUCUUUUGAAAUAUGCCAUUUUCUUGUCUAAAUUUAAGAGGAUAAAAAUGUUUAUUUCUUAAAGAGAAAACUUCUGUAUUGGUAAUGAAGUAUUUCCUACUCGUAUGCCUUACCUUUUUCUUUCUCCUCUCCUGCAGUUUUUUUUUUUACUAACUUUGACACUCUGGUGUAGUUCAUUCUCUUUUUGGUUGUCAUAUCCUGUCAACAGGAUCUUCUGCCUAUCGUAGUUACUUAGUGGUAUGUGAAUACACUAUUUUUACUACUAAAUGAAAACUUUUUUUGCCUUGGUAUUUCUCAAAGCGGGACAUAGACUUUUUUUUUUACUCUGUCUUCAGUUUAAUGACAAGUGUCACCUCUCUAACCCUUUAGGAAGAUACUAUAAUUACAGAAGAAUUGUGUUAUACUAAGUGUAUAGACUUGGGAAAUUUACAGGUUGUAAUAGAGAAAAUUUUCUUUAGAGAAAGUAGAAAUAAUAGUUGUACUUGGUACUUCUGUUUCUCUAGUUUACAUCCUGAAACUGGUAACAAGCACAGGUCACAAUGAGUAGCGAGCUAAGGAAGUAACAGGACUUGAGUAGUGGUUUUGCUUUGUAGAACACAAUGCCUUUACAGCCUUUGUAACUUGUUUUCUAUGAGUGUGACUUCUUGUGGCUACUUCUCUUGUAUCUGCUGUAUUGUCCAUUCUGGCUCUAUACACCCAGCAUAAUUACUCUGUACUCAUACUACACUGUGUUUGGGUUUCUGAAGUCUGUUGUGUUUGAUACGGUGAUUUGAUGAUGUGCAGAUGCAUAACCUUAACCAACUGAUACUUGUAGAUUCAGUUCUAGUCCUAUACAGUGGUCCAUUCUGACCCUUUCAUGCUAGUUCAGAAACUGGCGUCAAAGGUCCACAUAGCCCUUAGCUUAAAUAGUUAUCUGCCUGCUCUGUUACUUCAGUUUGCCCCUCACCACAGUAAGAGGUGGAAGUGGGGAAGCUGUGAUGAUUUCACUGAGGAAUUGAUUGCCUUAUGUUAUAUUUACUUAAUGGCAAAGCUGAGUAAUGCAUUGGUCCUCUUUUCUGCCACCUUAAUAAGAAACUCUUUAGUCACUCAUGGAGGAACUCUGUUUUUGGUUGAGUUUUUUAUUUUCCUGGGAAGUAUCACUUGAAACAAGGUUUGUUUUUCAUAUUUUACUUCCAUAAAAUUUAUGGAAGUAAAAUUUAUGGAAUUGGUGGUUUAUCAGCCUUUCUCUUCUGUCGUACCUGAACCAUGAUCCAUUCCCAGGAUACAUCCUCUCUUGUUUUUCUGCUUUGAGCAUAUUAAACACCAGCAAGGAAGUCUACCUUAAAGGCUUUUAAGUUGUUGGACUAAGCUUGCCCAUUCCUUUAAUAGGUUCUAGCAAGCUUUGGAUAUUAAAGAAUGUCUGCUGGAGAUAGUUUGUCCGUGCUGGGCCCCAGAGAGCUUGACUUCAGUUACAGUAGUCACUGAUUGCUGCAUGCAGACAUGGCACUGCUGUAUGAUUUGCAGUAAUUUCUGCCAUUUCUCUUCUUAAUCCUGUCUCUAUUGGCACAGAACUGCAUCAUCUUAGUUCCCCUUCCCAUCCUUUUUUAAAAGGGAAGAUGACUGAUUAAUCACUCACUGAUUUUCUGAUCUACUGGUGAUGAGGGAUGUGCCCUCUGUGUAUGCUGAUGGUAUGGAGGAUACCUUUGUUUCUGGUAAGGAUCUGGGGCUCCUUUGCCUCAUCUAAAAUGACUAGAGGCCUUCCUCACUGACUUGUACAGGGCCUUUUUCUCUCUCAACUGGUAAGAGAAGCUAGAUAUCUUUCCUGAAAAGUGUUAGUUACAGUAAAGUUGUCCAUUGAUGCAUAUUGGACCUAAUCAAGAUUCUGAAGACUUUUGCUGCUUGUAAUCCCAGUCUUUAAGAAAUGUUAUCAAGUAUGAAGGAAAUUAUGGUUUGUUCUAUGCAAUUGCCUCUGGAGGGGGAAAAAUAAAAUCUGUUUUAUUUAUGA